AUGCUCACCUACCCUCUCAUCAUCUGGACUGCCUUACAAGGUGUCAUGGGAGUAACUUUGAAGCUACCUAUCUCCCGUAUGUUCAUGCCCAAUGGUGAUGUUAAUCUAUUUCAGUCUCUGCAUGCUGACGGUCAACUUCAAAAUCCCAUCGUGGAUACUGGAGCACCCUAUGUAUUUUUUGUCUGGAAGAAUUGGUACGAUCAGCAAACUCAUAGGAGUGCUUGUAAGACCCUCACAGCCCAUUGCUACUCCUGUGCUAGGAGCUGCUCGCCCCAGCACACGCACACUAUAUACUUCGGCGGUGGAGUGGAUGUCACUAUUUUCCAAUACGCUGGGAAACUUUCUCUUGGUACAACAUCAUACGAAGGUAUGCGCUUUGGUCUGGUCUGUGGUAGGCAUCCCCCUCCACCCCAAAGUCAGGCUCACGCUUCAUUUGGCCUGGGUAAGAUCAGCGAAGCGGGAUACCCCUCUAUCAUGGAUCAGCUCUUACAGAGGAGGGUGAUCGCGCAGAAA